AUGCAAAACCCCAAAUGCGAGUGGACCGAGCCCGAGAGGGGACCGAGUGUGCAGAGUGCAAUGCGACAACGCUCCUUUGAGCUCCUCACCCCCGCCAGUCGUCCUUCUCCCCUCCACUGGUCACUCGCGCGAAAACAGAGCGGCGGCUCUAUUCGCGAGGUCCGCGCUCUCUGUUCCGCGAAAGAAAAAAAGAAGGUAGAAGGGAGCGAAAACAUUGCGGUAUGCACGGCUACAAUACACGAACGAGUUCUAAAGGUGGGAUGCGCUCUUCGGGAAUGCACCAAUGCCGAUUGUUUCCAUGACGACUUCCCAAACAAUCGCGUGUUUUUGUGA